CGAGGACAACGUGAGUGGCGCCGCGCAGCUCUCCUUCAAGAACCUGGACGCCUUCAUCACGGCCGAGGAUGGCGGUUCUGGCUCGGAUGUUGAAAUGGACGUCCGCAAAAACCACGGGGGGUCGACGAGCAAAGGAAAUUUGCACGUGGUGACCCAGGACGGCCGGGAUCGCCGCGAAAAGCAAACGGAGCAGGAGGCGUUCGUGGACUUCAUGCUGCACGGCCCGGACCACGCCAUCAGUCGCAACGCGGCGCAGCACCCGCGCGUUGCCGCCUGGCUGGCCGAGGAGUUCCGGCAAAACUACGGCGGUGCAGGAGCCGGAGAUGAAGGUGGUGGAGACGGUGCUGGCGGUGACGAGAAAGACCUGUUUGAAGAUGAGGAAGACGUUGACAUGGAAGAUGAGGACCCUUUGGACUUUUCCGGGUUGGAGGCCGUAGACCUGGAAGACCUCGAUUCGGACGAAGAUGAGGAGGAAACAAGCCACUUCGCGCAAGAAGCAGCCGAACCCCCGCCGCCACCUCCCCCCGUGUUUGACCCGUACCUCCCGCCCUCGGACUCCGAAGCGGAGCACGUGUACUCGGAUGGGAAUUUAGAUCCGCGCGUGACCCCAACUCCUGUGCGCUCGGCCUUCCCGGACCGCAUAUCGACGUACACGUCGCCGCAGGACACGCGCCAGGAAUGGGCGAAGAAGUUAGUCGGACACCCGCGGGGGCGGCGGUUGCAAAAGCAGUUUCUCCGGAGCGACGUGGAGGAGUCGGUCAUGAUGCCGGUGGCGGACUACCGCCGGCACCAGUGGAUGUGUGACAAGAUGACCAAGUUCGGGCAGGGCGUGGACCCCAUCAUUUGCCGCGAGGCGUUCCAGUGUCUCCUUCCCUACAGCUUCCUGCUCUACUGUCCCCGCGACUACGGCAACAACGGGCAGCCGAGCUGGCGGCACUACGUGCGCCAGGAGGAGGGGCCCAAGACGAACUUCGCGCUGGCCACGGCCGACACGGCGGAAACGCUCGCGUACAACAUCCAACUGAAGGGAUUAGACUAUGCCCACUGCGAGUCCGCGAUUGACAAGUGGGAGGACCAGACCAGCGGCUACGUGUCGCCCCGCGAAAAGGCCGUGUGGUUGGAGAACCGGGUGUGGAGCUGGGGGCUGCUGUACCGGGGCGUGGGGUUCACGGAGUACCAGCA